UCAAUUUUCUUAUUCUCUUCAGCAUUUUAUUUCAUUCAUCGGCCAUUAUAAAAGCAGAAUUGGGGACCUGGUUUCCCUCCCAAAAAAACAUCCUUCCCCAUACAUUUUUGAAAAAAAAACGCAGCCUAAUCAUAUGAGAAAAUAUUUUUCGCUACAAGACGUCGUGUUUAAUCUAAAUCGCCAGCUGCCCGAGUGCGUAUAGAGACCGUUUUAAAAUGUUAUUAUUCAAUCUAACGUAACGAUCGUCUUUUGUUGGUGUAUACGAGUAUUUCAGAGUUGUUUAGUCGUUGAUAAACUCGAGCAGAGACGGGUGUAUUAACUUGUAUAGUGAAGUAAAGUGUAUUUUUUUAAUUAUGAGUAAAAGUGCCAAGAGUGAGGUUUGGAAUUUGGUGAUAUCAUGUUUAAUGAGAUACGGGCUGUUGACGGCCGGCUGGAUACACACUGAAGCCUCAGAAACUGGGUUCUGUUUUCACAGUGAGAAAGUGCUGCAGCAUGCGCGAAAGUCUCCGGCGGCUGGCGUCGGACGAGGGCGUGGAGCGGCGCGGGCGCAGCGCGGGCAGCCGGCGGGUGCGCGUCGAGCUGCUCUCCACGGAACACAUCACUGUGGAUAUUGAUCGUAAAGCCCGCGGCGGUGACCUCCUGGACAAGGUGUGCGAGUGCCUGGACCUGGAGGAGCGCGACUACUUCGGGCUGCAGUGCACGCAGCGCGGGGACCCUCGCAUCUGGGUCGACCUCAACAAGAGACUCUCUAAGACCUUCAGGAAUGAACCUUGGGAUGUAAGGUUCGCGGUGAAGUUCUACCCCCCGGAGCCAGCAGACUUGAAGGAUGACAGCACGCGAUACCAGGUGGCGCUAGCAGUCAGGAGAGAUCUUAUGGAAGGUCGUCUAACAUGCUCCCAAAUAACAUACGCGCUGCUGUCGUCCUACGUGCUGCAGGCGGAGCUGGGCGACCACGAGGAGUCGCAGUCUCUCAGUAGCGCGCUGCACGAGCACCGCGCCGCGCCGGUGGGCGUCAUCACGCCAGAGCUGGAGGCUAAUAUUGAGGAGCUGUACCGGAAACAUAAAGGCCAGACGCCUGCAGAGGCUGAGCUGAACUACCUGGAGACAGCGAAGCGGCUGGCGCUGUACGGCGCGGAGCAGCACGCCGCCGCCGACAGCCGCGACGUGCCCAUCGCGCUCGCCGUCUGCCAUCACGGGCUAGCCGUCUACAGGGACGGAGUGGUGAUGAACCGCUUCCCGUGGGCCAAGAUCACGAAGCUGAGCUACAAUAAGCGCGUGUUCUCUGUGCGGCUCCGCGCGGGCGAGUGCGAGGAGGCCAGCACGGCGCUGUGCUUCCGGCUGGCGGCUGCGCGCGCCGCACGCGCCCUCUGGCGGGCUGCUGUCGAGGCGCACAUGUUCUACAGACGCGAGGCUCCGGUGCUGGUGGACCGCGUGCCCGGGUUCUCUCGUCUCGGAUCGCGGCGGUUCUCGUGUCGCCGGACGCUGCGGCAGAUGCGAGAGGGCUCUGCCACACCCACCGCCGCGUGACACCACGCGUGCCACAACGUGUGACAAGUGACGUAUUAUAGAUAUUGGAGUAGUUCAAGAAUAGAUCACAUAUAAGUAUCGCUGAAAGGACUAGGUAAAAAUCUUUGCCCAAUCAAUGAGCUCUCCAGCCACUGCAGAGAGUCCACUUUUGCAUCACAACACCUGGUCUUCUGCAUACUUACUGCAGUAAAUAAUUAUCUUAUAACUAUGAUGUUUGUCUCUCACAGAGAAUAUGGGCAUUAGAUUGUAAUACCUGUAAAUUGCUAACUUAAAUUGGCAAUAUUGCCAUCUGAUUUUUUCGUUAGAAUGAUGUCCUUUUUGCAGUCAAAACACAAGACACCAGUGGUGUAAUAUAAUAUAUGUACCAAUUCGAUGAUUCUUCGUGUCGUUGUGGAUGUCAAUAAUAAGGUUUUAAGGGUUAGCAAUUUGCAAGAUGAAGUAUAUAUUGUUAUAUUAGUAAAGAAUAUAAGACUUAUAAUAGUGUAAUGUUUGUAUUUAAGUUUUAAUGUAUACCUAUUUACUACAAUAUCUUCACAACACUGACAAAGCCUACCUUUUCCUACGUUUUUAUACACUCACUUUUCUUGUUUGUUCGUCGUUCCGGUUGGAUUUUUGUAACUCAAUUUUGAGGCACUUUCUAAUAACUUAGCAGGUUGAAACUUUUCAGGAUGGCUUUAUACUCGAUGACAAUGAGAUUUACAAUUAUAAAUACUGCUGGUCCAAUUUUGAUAAAAUUCAAAUGGAAUGGCAUUUGAACGUAGGUUUUUAGAUUUUUUUAAUCUGUUAAUUUAUGAUUAGGUUCCAAAUACAUAAUUCUAAAAUAGUAAGUGCCAUACAUAGCAGAGUUCGUAUUCUUGAACGGUGCGCAGCGACUACAACUAGUGUAACUUGACAUGGUCGUAAUGUAAGAGAAGUCAUGAUAGCGCGGCUCGAGAGGUCUAGCGAUUCCCUCUUGUCUUCUAAUGACUUUGAACUUUAUACUCAUUAAGAUAAAAUUCAAAAUUAUUUGCAAUAUAAAAGUGGAAAAACAAACACAAGAUGAGACGAGUAGAGCAACAUCUCGUUCCCACAACUGUCUUGCUUUUAAAAGUUUUGGUAAUCCUGGUCGAUUUUUGUAAUUUAUUUAUUAUUUACUUAUCUUAGACGCAGAUGUGGAAACUGCACCCGGAACAUCACAACUCGGAUGCAAAAUAAAACAAUUGUAGAAACGCCCCUCAGAAUUAGAGCUAACAUUAAAUCCAAGGUGUCCUUUGUCUAAAAAUAACUACUUACUUAUUUAGUUCACGAUGUUAUUCUGAACUUGCAUGUUCACCUCAAGAACUGCAAGUAUUAAAAUUAGUGUUAAGGUUUAAUUAUUAUAAUAAAUAAAUAUUUUUCUU